AUGAUUGGUCGCAAACCAGUUCCGCUUACUGUAACAUCGAUUACAGUACGCGAGAAUAUCGUGCAAACCUCGAAGAAGGUAAGCUACGUGUCGAAUUGUCUGAAUUUCCAAUUUUGCGAAUUUGUGAAAGCAUUGCGAAACCCUGAAUUCAUGCAAUCGAAUGUCUUUGUUUUGCCUCUUGAUUUCUCAAUUUGGAGAUAGACUAGACUGGAAUUAGCUUUUUAAAACCAUUUUUUAUAGCUAUAUUAGUACUACAAUAUACUCGCCUCGUAAGCCUAAAACACUUUUGCAUGGCAGAUUAAUUAGCAAGAUAUUAAAUGAGAGCAGAAGAGCACUUUGAUGCUACAGUAGCCAUUCCCUAGAAAAGAGCACCCGCUUCACGUGUUGCCCAUGUGCCCGCCUUUACAACGAAACUGAAGACCCGCCCCCUUAUCGCACGCUGCUGAGCUUUUAAAAGUGAUCCUACCCCCAAUCAGGCCAUUUUACAGAGCUCGUACUCUUCUACUCUCGAAGCCAACAUGCUUGCCUCAGCCGCCGCCUUCUUCGAAUGCACCGUUCUGUUCGUCGCCACGAUGACCGCCCUCUUCAGUAUCCUCAGCCCCAAGCUUCGUACUGGCGCCUACUCGUUGUUGGUGCUUCUGCCCAUCAGUCUGAUGAUCUCUGGCACCGAAGCCGCCUCGGACGACUUGGACGACUAG